AUGGUGAACUGGUCUUAUCAUGCAGGUAGUAUGUAUAUCACGACAAUUGGGUUUUCAAGAAUAGUCGCACGUCUGGGUGCUCAUAUUCCUGCAAUAGCCUCAAACUACCUGGGGAACCACAAACUCAAGCGGAUCACUGGUUUGGACCCCGCUAGACCGCUGCUGGGAAUAAUAGGAUUAGACGCUAAACUGGACUCUUCGGACGCCGUAUUUGUGGAUGUUUAUCAUUCGUCUAUUUUAGGCAGGGUAGACGCUUGUGGACACGUCGAUUUCAUAAUGAAUUCGGGAAAAACACAACCUGGAUGCCAGAUGCUUGACCUUGUCUGCCAUCACGCACGGGCUUCGUUAUACUUCGCGGAAUCUAUUACUUCUAAGCUUGGAUUUUGGGGGUACCCUGAGAAUUUAAAGGGCGAAAUUGCAAGUGGCAAGAUUUCGGAAGAAAGCGUACUGGAACUUGCAGGUGAAUUUGUUAAUAGAAGUAUUAGAGGAGUUUACUAUGUUAUUCCUACUAAUGCUCGGAAACCUUUUGCUAAAGGACCUUAUUUUUGA